AUGGCGACCCCGCCGAGUGGGUCAGCGGUCCGAUCUCCCAGCGAGAGACGGCUCGUUAGUAUUUUUAACCGUGUUCGGGAAUCUGUUUGCCGCAAUCCGCGCGCGCUCGGAAGCACUCGACGACGCGCUCCGCACGCGCGCGCACGAGUUGACGCGUUCGAUCCGCGUUCGAUUCCGAACGCUCGCGCGCGAGACGUUUCCGACCGCGUCAGCGGCGCGAGACGCGAACGCCGGGGAGUUUUUCUCCUGCGACUUUCUCCUCAUCCAUCGCGGUCGCAGCUCCCGUUAGGAGGAGAAAGAAAAGCGACUGCCGCGCGGCCGGCCGGAAUGGCGCCGCCCGCGGUCGGCGCGCCGGAGCCGCCCCAGGAUGCGCUCACGUACGUUCGAGCCGUGAAGGCGAGGUUCGCCGCGAGCAACCCUCAGGUGUACGAGGCGUUCCUCGAGGUGAUGAGGGACUUCAAGAACGCGCGAUCCGACACCCCCGAGGUCGUGAAACGGGUGAAAGUGCUCCUAGGCGGACACCCUGACCUGCUCGACGGCUUCAACUGCUUCUUGCCCGAGCCGUACAAAUUCAGUGCCUCCAAGGACGCAGCCGCGGAGGAACAGGGCGACGGGACGCAACCGACCAUAGGCGGCGGGUACAACCUCCUGAAGCGGAUCCGCAAGGUGUACAGCCACGACGAGCGACCCUACCACGCCUUCCUGGCUAUCCUCAUCCGCUUCAGGAACACGGAGUUCACGACCGAGCAGGUGAUCAAGAACGUCUCGACGCUGUUCUACGACCAGCCCGAGCUCCUGCACGGGACGGACGGCCUCGAGUUCUUCGUCCCCAAGAAUUGCGCCCCCCCCAAACCGUCCGUAUGGUUCGAGUGGACGCCGGGGGCGCACGCGAGGUACGGCCGCGUGUCGUUCCGCGUCGCCGUGCGGAUGUUACUCCUGUGCGAGAAGCGCAGCCGGUCGCAGCCGCCGGACUUGACGCGACGGAAGGUGCGAUGCCUUGGCGACAGCGACGACGGCAGCAGCAGCGAGUACUCGUCCUCGGAGAGCGAGAGCGAGUACGAGGAUGAAAACGGCAACAUGGUGAAGAAGGAGAAGGAACCUGGGACGGUGGACGAGGACAAGAUGCCGCCGAUAUGGGACCAAGUCACGGAGAGAGUGCUGGGAGAGUUCGAAAAGAUGACGCUGAAGAUCGAGCCGAUGACGGACGACCAGUGCUGGGAAGACGCGACCGCGCAGAAGGAGGAGAACGAGAGAGUCGCGGACGCGCUCGGGCGGGGGAAACGCGCCAAGCCGGACCCGACGGAGUCGCCGCCGGAGUCGCCGCCGCCGCCGGGCGGCGGGCAGCAGCGAUCGAGGAAGUCGAAGCGGAUCAUCGCGAAAGUCAACCGCGGGGGGCAGAUGCAGUCGUACAAGCACCUGAUCAGCGGGAGGCAUCUGUACAUGGGGACGAAGGAGGAGCGCGCGGAGAAGAGCGCGAAGAAGGGCCGCGGGAGGAAGAGUCUGAUCGGCGGGAUGACCGGCUCCGUCGCGGCGAUGAGCACGCUCAAACCGGACGCGCCGUUGAUCGAGGGCGCGAAGGUGACGCUCGUGAGGGAUCCGAAGGAGAUGUCGCUGAUCCAGAGGCCGGGGUUGCAUCAGCUCCCGGAGAAUUGCAUGGAGCGGAUAAUCUUUUUCCUCGCGCAGGCGGAGGGCAAAGAGGAGCUGCACGCGCAACGCGAGGCGCUCAUGAAGUCGCUCGGGAAGUCGAAGUGA